AUAUACAAGGAAUAUGAUACUUUGAUCAGUCAUAUUCUGUCAUCCACUUUCAAAUAUCUCUUUUACACACACUUUCGACCGGAAUUUUCUGAUAUAGUUAGAUUCUUCUCAGCCUUUCAGCCAAGGAAAAUGACGAUCAUAGAGAUGAGAGUUCAUAUGGAUUGUGCUGGAUGUGAAAGCAAGGUGAAAAGCUCUCUUCAAAAACUCAAAGGGGUCGACGAAGUUGACAUCGAUAUGGGCAUGCAAAAGGUGACGGUCACCGGACACGCAGACCAGAAAAAGGUUCUUAAAACUGUCCGAAGAACCGGUCGGCGAGCCGAGCUGUGGCAGCUGCCCUACAAUCCAGAGCACCACAGUUUUGGUAAUCACUACUACAAUCAACACCAAUGCAAUGGCCCCAUGACAUAUUAUGCACCUCAGCCUUCCUCAUCUUACAAUUACUAUAAGCAUGGAUAUGAUAGCAAUGAUCCUUCUUAUUAUCGUCUUCCGGUUCAUUCAACCAUUUUUGGUCAUCAAACAGGUUCAGCUUUCAGUGAUGAGAAUCCUCAUGCUUGCUCUAUAAUGUGAAAUUAACUCAAAUAAAUAUAUAAUUAAGAAAUAAAUGCUUUGCUUUAGGCUAAGAAUGAUAAAGUUGUACUUUUGUAUUGGUUUUCCAUUAUAAUGUGGAAGCAUAUAUUUUCUUUUAACUGUAGAUGUGCAAUCAAAUAUGUUUUCCUGGUUCAGAGUUAAUUAGCUCCAAUUCAUGCUGUCUCAA